AUGAGUCAAAUGACAACUAAAGCAGCUUAUGCAGAAGCAACCCUCUUGCCUGUCAUGAAUGGGCAGGUCCUUCGGAAGGUGGUGUCCGAUGUUUCAAGUGAAAUAGAUAAACUAGGAAAGGACUUGGCAACCAUUGCCAAGAUUGAUGAGGUGAUGAAAGAAGAAUGCAACUGCUGUGGUCUCCAAGAAGAAAGCACCCAAGAAUACGUCCUACAAAUUAAAGAUUCUUACUCGGGUAAAUUUGUUUGUGGGCUUUGCUCGGAAGCUGUAAAGGAAAGGUUAAAGGGAAAACAACUAGCCAUUGAAGAAGCUGUUGGCAAUCACAGAAGUUUCUGUCAAGAGUUCAACUCUACCACCAGAUUGAACCCUAAACUCUCCUUCACCUGUACUAUGAGGGAAAUAGCAAAGUGGAGCCACGAGAAUAGGAACACUAGUCCAUGUUUGACAAAGAUUUCUAGGAGUUCUAGUUGUGUUCCUAGGCUUGUCUGA